AAAGUAUUAGGUAAACACGAGAAUGUUUGAGUCUGUUUGGGCGAGCAGGGGAUCAGAGAACCUCUGUUACUGAACCCUGGAAUCGAACCCUCUCUUCUCUUCUCCUCUGUCAUGGCGACGGACAGAAACGCUUCUCCACCAGCCACAUCGCCGGAGGACAACGCUCUCUUUCUCGAUAUUCUGCACGAGGCUCCCCUUUUUGCUCACCGCAAGCCUGCCAGGGUCAUCGGCAGCGUCUUCUAUUGCAUACUAUUGGCAGGUUAUGCUGCUUUCGCCAUUGGAGCUCAGUGGAUAUUUCUUCCCGUGCAAGGACUCAUCUCUCCCGUGCUCUGUAGUUGUGAUGUUCUUCUUUUGCUGUUGACAGGAAUCUUUCAACAAUACCUGGUUUAUCAAGUACAGAAGAUACGCUUGCAGGGCUACUAUAGUUUCAGCCAGAAGUUGAAAUUUCUUGUGCGCAUACCCUUUUACAUUACAGCCUAUGGAACUGCUGCAAUGCUACUUGUUAUAGUCUGGAAACCUUACACUGGUUCCCUGUCUAUCUCUGUAAUAUUGAGGAUUAUUAUGGUAAUUGAAGCAGUAUCUGCCGGAUGUUUUAUGAGUCUUUACAUUGGUUACAUACACCAGUACAAUUCAUUAAACUCACACCCUGAUGUUCUGAAGUCCUUGUAUUCGCCACUACAACCAUCAAGUUCUCUUGAGGGUCUAAGGUACCAUGAAGGUAGGCUCUCUGAUCAGCAAAUGGCUUUGCUGCAAUAUCAGCGUGAAAAUCUUCAUUUUUUGAGCGAGGAGAUUCUUCGAUUACAAGAGUGUCUGAGCAAAUAUGAAGGAACUGAUGAUCGGAGCACACCACAGGUUGACCUUGCCCACCUUCUAGCAGUACGUGAUCAAGAAUUACGGACACUUUCUGCUGAGAUGAACCAAGUGCAAUCUGAGUUGAGGCUUGCCCGGUCCUUGAUUGCUGAAAGGGAGUCAGAGAUCCAACAUUUUCGCACGACGAACAAUCAGUAUGUUGAAGAGAACGAGAGACUAAGAGCUAUUUUAGGGGAAUGGAGCACCCGAGCUGCCAAGCUUGAGCGGGCACUGGAGGCUGAGCGGAUGUCAACUCUUGAAUUACAAAGGAAACUUUCAACGCUAAGAAGUCAAUACACAUCAGCAGCAGAAGCCACCGAACCUGAACCUUAAUAAUUCACACUUACAGGCAAAUAUGGCACAUAUCCACUCCACGAUUCAGCAUUUAACCUUCUUCCCAGUUUAAAUGAGUACGUAGUAGUCGUCACUACUGUAGAGGGAUUCCAUGUACAUAAAAGUAGUUCCAAAUAGGGUUUUGAAAUGAUGUAAUUUGAUUGUGUUAUUAUGCGCCAUUGUGCUCCAUACUUCUUACAUAUGCCAUGAAAAACCGGGUUGCAUUGAAGGUAAA